GAUGUCUGAUAUCAACAGUGAAGAGAAUUCAACUAGUAGUCGUGAAAUUAAUAUUGAAUAGAUUACAGUAUAAAUUAGAAUAAUUAUUUUUAUAUAGGCUAAACUAUAUGUUGAAUUGAUAGAUGUAAGAGAUCCAAGUUAGAAUUAUAUUGAAUAUUUCUCAUAAUUUGAUUUGAGUAAAAUGUAAUAAGCGAAUGGAAUAAAUAUAUUCAAAUUGACAAGCAAACUUAAAGAAUUAGGAAUAUAAUUGGAAGGACGCACAAUUUCAUAUUAUAGUUUCGAUUGUGAAAUGUAUAUUAAUUGUGGAUUGGAUCCUGUACAUUAUUCUUAUGUAAUGCCAUUAAAUGAAAUUAAAUAAACAAACUAAUUACGUAUUAAAUGCAUUUAGACUGGGAUUUCACUGAUUCAUUUAGUAAUGUCUGAAGAGAUGAAUGAGAAAGUUAAUAAAAUGAAAGAGUAAGAAGGAAAUGAACAAUCAUAAUAAUAGUAAUAAUAAGGUUAGGAGAAUUAAAAACAAUGUAGAAGAACAAAAGAGAGGAGAAUUGGAUAUAUCAUAGAGAAAGUUGCAAAAUGGAGGGAAUAUUAUAAUGUAAUAUAUUGUUAUGAAUAUAUUUUUAAGGGUAUUAAAAUAGAUGGGGAAAGUAGACGAUUUACACUUGAAGAAGCUGCUCAUAAAGUUAGUAUCUCCAAAAAGAGUUUAGAUGAUUAUUUACUACAGAUUCGAUAUGGAAGAAAAUUCGGAUUUAAUUUUAAUGAACAUAAAAAUGAAAAGGUUGGAGUCUUAAGAGCUUUUGUCAAGAAGAACAAUUCUACAAAAAAGAAGAAGGUAAAAUAAGAAUGA